AUGUCCUCGCAGUCGGACAACGUGAACCUACCGUCAUCAUCUCAGUUCGUGCCGCCGGAGUCGGCUCAACCCUAUCGAUCGCUAUUUGGCGGUCCCAGCAGUGAUGGUUUUUCAUCAUCCCAGCCGGGACCACCACCAGGAUCCAUCUUUGGUGGCCCAAGCGGCCGUGCUAUUCCUCAGCUGGAGCCCAUGAGCGAGGAGCUCGAAUUCCAAGACGAAGAUGAAGAUGUCCAUGAUGAUUACGAUGACCUCGAAGCUCUCAUGCGGGAAAAGCCCCUGGAAGCCGACUACGGCUCGGACGGAGAAAGCUUCGAGGGAAGUCUUGGCGACGAUGAGAUGGAUCUGGACUCUGAGCCGGACUUGCCUACCAAAGGAAAGACCAGAAAAUCUUUUGACUCACACAAGAAGACUGUUCCGCCUACUACCUAUGUACUCCACCGUGGUGUAGACCUUCCCCCUGGAGCUCCACGCCCUAACCGAUACCCGAAGGAACAAAAUCUAUGGAGAAUUGACACUGCGGACGAACGGGGUGCAUACCAGGGGAUCACAGAGGAGCGCGCAAGAGACCUCGCGAUUCAUCUGUACAAUACAUUCAAGUGGCGAGAUCCAAAGUCCAGCACGGGUGGAGUUGAUGGACUUCAACGUGAUGCUACACGCAUUAACAAGAAAGGGUGGGUGUCCUGGCCCAUGACUUCUGACCUGGUUCCCCGACGCGAUGAAACUAUUAAAUGGAAGCUGCGAGAUGACGACACCUUGCGAAUGCCGCCUGAUCCUCGAGCCAGUGCUGAACUCGAAGAGUCCAUCAUCGCGAACAUGAUGAAAACCGCAAAAGAAACGUUUUAUGCAGGUGAACGGCAAGGCCUGUCAUACAGUAAAGCACUUAAAAAGUAUUGGGUGCAAUGGACUCAGGAGCGCAAGAUGAGAGAGCAAGGCAAAGAUCCCACGGAAAUCAAGGACGAAGUGGUCUCCGAGAAGGGCUAUCUCAAGAACGCAAAUGUGGAGGCUGAAGUCUCAAAGCUUCAGGCCAUCCCGCUCUGGAGGAUGCCACAGGAGCCCCCUCGACGGAAGAUGAAGGUCAAGGAUUUUCAGACCAGGUCCGUCUUCCAAGCCGACGAUGACAAAUCGCGACGACAACUACGACCACUAUGCCGGACCGUUAUAUCACAAGUUGACGACUUGUUGAUUGGUCUGCAUCGCAUCCAGAAACGCCGAUACAUGUAUCAUACGCAAGACAUCCUCGGGAAAACUCGUUCUGCGCGCGAGAGCGAAACAUCCCGCUCACGCUCCCGCAGCCACAAACGUGCUCGACAACAUAGCCCCGGAUCGACUGGCAGAAACCGCUCUAGUAGGCCGCAUGAUGCCUCAGAUGAUGCUUCCUCGAAUGAUGCCUCCUCGGAUGAUGCCGAGUCAGACGGGCCAUCAAAGCAGACCCGUGGCCGGCCGAGAAACAGGGACAACACCCAUCGCCGCGAGUACGUAAUGGGCUCGCUGCGUGACUGGAGCGAGGUAAUGGGUGUUGCGGCCAUGAUUGGGCUUCCCUCUGCCGCCAUCAUGCGCGCUUCCAAGCGGUGCGCCGACCUGUUCAACCAAGACAUGGAAUUUAUCAAUCUACCCGAAGGUCAAAUGAGGGAGAGAUCAAAAUCACCUACAACCAAGAACCGGCGGAUGGUCUAUGUUGAAAGCGACGACCAUAUGGCUGCACCGAAGAUAAGAGCGAAAGCCUUGCGGAACCAACUGGAUUAUGAAAAGCGGCAAGUAAAACGAGACCAAAAACGAGCAGAGAUCGCAGGGAACAAGUUUGAUUCGGAUGUUGAAUCACCUGAAAACAAAGGCGUGCACGGCAAACCGCAUCUUCUUUGCCCUUUCCCUAAGUGUCCUUUCCAGAUGAUUGGGUUUAGUCGGCCGGCAUAUCUGCGUCAGCAUCUGCGAGGAGUUCAUAAGGUACGAUCUCCCAGUCCGUCGAGCUCUGGAGACGAUGCGACUAUCAAGUCCAGAUCUCCAGACGAGCCGAGAUCGAAAUCCGUUGAGACCAUCAAUGAACCGAGAGCCCUUAGUGUGUCACGGUCUGAAGCCGAUGUGACUAUCAAGUCGAGAUCUCCCAGUCAGCCGAGAUCUAGAUCCGUUGAGGCUAUCGAUAGGUCGAUACCUCUGCGGGUGUCAAAAUCACCGAGUACGAGUGAGCCGAGUAAAGCUGAGAGUACCGACGAGUGA